GUGGCUUUACACUCCGGGUUAGGUUGUCCCAGUGUGUGCCCAUGUGAGUUAAGUGUUGCCCCGAUUCGACUGUGAGGAUUUGCUUUCUAAAUGUGCUGUUCUUUGGUAUAAACAGACAACAGGAAGGGGAAUAUGAAGAAGAAAAUGAAGAAGUCAUCUGUUGUGAGACCGAAUGGAAAGGAGGACCUCUCGGAGCGCGUGGAGAGAGAGUCGGAGGAGGAGGAGGAGGGGGCACCUGUGAAGAGGAGCCGGCCCCAGGAGGGGGCGGAGGAGGAGGCGUUGCUGAGACCUGUGAAGCUGUCCAGGGGGGAACUCUACAAGCCACCCACCACGGAGGAGCUGAACAGGCUGCGGGAGACGGAGAGUCUCUUUCACUGCAGCCUGCUGAAGAUGCAGAUGGAGGAGCUGCUGAAGGAGGUGGUCCUCUCCGAGCGGCGCCGCAGGCUCAUCGACUCGUUCGUCAAGGAGGUGACCGCGCUGCUGGAGACCGUCCCUCGAACCUCGGACACCGAGCUGUGUGACCAGUCCUGGCUGCCCGGCGGGGUCAAGGUGCCGUUUCUCCAGGUACCCCAGGCUGUGAAGGGUCGUUUCCGCAUGGCGCCCCCGGCCUCCGUCAGCCUGGUGGGUAGCUACCCUCUGCGCACCUGCACCAAGCCGCAUGCCACAGUGGACCUGGCUGUCACGAUGCCCCCGGAGAUCCUCCAACAGAAGGAUAACCUAAACCAGCGGUAUCCCAGGAAGCGGGCUCUGUACCUGGCUGGGUUGGCUCACCACCUGACUUCUCGCCCUGCCAUUGGCUCCCUGCGCUUCUCCUGUCUCCAUGGCAACCGCCUCCGCCCCCUGCUGCUGCUCACACCUCCAGGUAAGGACGAUGGCAGAGUGACACUGCGCGUCCAUGCCCUGCCCCCCCCAGGAUUCUUCAAGCCCAGCCGUCUCCACCCCCAGAAGAACAACGUUCGUACUCACUGGUACACUGAGCAGAGCUCCGAGCUGGCUGGUAAGGCUGCACUCCGACCCGGGGGAGGGAGGAGGGAGGCAAAAGAUAUUGGAAUCAGAAAAGCAACCAUUCUGGUGCUGAAGGGGAUGUCCUCCACUGACGUGCUGAAGGAACUGAACUUUUUUAGUCUUGAACAGAGGGGUCCGGAUACAGCCUCCACAGACCUGACGGAGAAUGGGAUCAGUCUGGCGAAGGGCUCGGACCCCACAGCGCCGUCUCUCCCGGAGUUCCACAGCGUUUUCCAGGUGGUGUUUGUGGAUCCCUCAGGACACCUCAACCUCUGUGCGGACAUGACAGCCAGCACCUACAGACAGGUGCAGCAGGAGGCAGCUCUGUCUCUGCAGUUUUGGGAUGACCCGACACUGGACAGCUUCCAGGCCCUGCUGAUGACCCCUAAGCCCCUGCUCAGGAGCUACGAUCACGUCUUCCAGCUGUGUGAGCUGGUGAAGCUGCAGUCAGCCUGUAAGAAGCUGGACCUGCUCGCUGAGCUCAUGGACCACAGUGGGAACUAUGUCAUCACUGCGCUACCCUUCAUUCUGUCCCUCCUGCAACGAGGGCUGGGAGAAAGGAUCCGCCUGCUGACCCACUCGCUGCCUCCAGCCCCUGAGGUAACGCUGUCGAGCGACCCUCCGAAGCACAAGGACCAGCCUGCGCUGUCCUUCGGCCUCCUGCUGAACCCCGAGCUCAACGCUGCCGUGCUGGAGAGAGGGCCUGCUGCCGACAGCCCCCAGGCAGUGGAGUUCCGCCAGCUGUGGGGAGACCGCGCUGAGCUGCGCAGGUUCCAGGACGGCGCCAUCUGCGAGGCCGUGCUGUGGGGCGGCACCUCUGCCUACGAGAAGCGGCUGGUCCCCAGAGACAUCGUAGCGUACCUGCUGCAGCUUGGUGGGGUAUUCCCAGCCCUGCCUGUCAAAGUGGACUACUCUUUUUUCGAGAGACAGAAGAAGACCAAUGCCCUCAUCCCACUCGCAGGCAAGCCCUGUCCUGUGCACAUCAUGCCCAUCAAAGUGGUCUGUCACAUGGAGGGCAGCGGGAAGUGGCCGCAGGAGGCCCUGGCCAUUCGCCACAUCAAGGCGGCCUUCCACGUCCAGCUGGCAGCGCUGCUGAGGGCCCAGCACCAGCUCCCCUGCCAGCCCUCGCCCACCCACCUCGACGUCUACAAGGACGGGCUGGUGUUCCGGGUGCAGGUGGCUUACCACAGGGAGCCGCAGGUCCUGAGGGAGACGGUCAGCCCCGAGGGGAUGCUGCGUUACCGUGACAAUGCGGAGGCCCAGCGUCUGGAGCUGGAGACGCUGCACCGGCCCUACCUGACCGGCAUGCUGCACGGCCUCCAGCAGCAGCACCUGGCGUUCGGCGCGGCGUGUCGGCUGGCGAAGCGCUGGCUGGGAGCCCAGCUCUUCCUCGGGGAGCUCAGUGAGGACGCGGCCGACCUGCUGGUGGCCUCCGUCUUCCUGCGGCCUGCGCCCCACACGCCUCCUGGCUCCCCGCAGGUGGGCUUCCUUCGCUUCCUGUACAUGCUGUCCACCUUCGACUGGAAGAACAGCCCCCUGGUUGUCAACCUCAACGGAGAGCUCACAGAUGCCGAUUUCACGCAGAUUAAAAAUGACUUCAUUGCAUCUCGCUCCUCUCUGCCUGUCAUGUUCAUCGCCACGCCCAAAGACAAGAACCUGUCUGUCUGGACCAAGGAGGGCCCUUCUGUACAGGUCCUGCAGCACCUGAUAUUGGUGGCCGCGGAGAGCCUGAGGGUCCUCGAGACACAGUUGAUGGACCCUACUCAGCCACAGGAUGUCAAGGUGGCUUUCCGCCCCCCUCUGGAGGUGUACGACGUCCUGAUCCACCUGAUCCCGAGGCAGGUGCCCGGUCACGGCCAGGCCAUCGACACCCCCCACCCCAUCUACAGUCGGGGCACCCUGCCCGCCUCUGCGCCCACUGGCCCGGCGCUGCCCGUCGUAGACUUCAACCCCGUAGACCGAUACCUGGCGGAGCUCAGGGAUGCCUUUGGGGAGUUGGCCUUGUUCUUGUGUGACCCCUACGGUGGCACGGUGAUCGCGGUGCUGUGGAAACCCCAGGCUUUCGCACCUCAGCCCUUCAAGACCUCCCUGACGAGCGCGCGCCGCGUGGAGGUGGUGGGAGGGGAAGCUCACACUGUGCCCAAUGUGGAAGCCAUCCUGGAGGACUUCCGGGUCAUGGGGGCGGGGCUGGUGAAGGACGUGGAGGCACGCACGGAGAAGUGGGUCAUCUGAAGACCUGUCCACACUGAGCACCAUGAGGACAAGACAGACCCUGAGGCAGCACCAGUCCUCAGAUCUCAGACCAGCACCAGAUACCCAGAGAUGCUAAAGAACUUCUGGGAUAUUUCUCUGGACUGUGCUGUCACACCGAGUUUCUUUCAGAGACGAAAGCCGGCCUGCUCUCUUUUGGUAUCUGAAACUAACCUGUAGAACAAGUUCAUAAAUUAUGGCUUUGUUUACACUUGUAUUUUUUAAUUAAAACAACGUGCUGAGCU